UGAACUAAGCAAGGGGUGUUUUAUGUUAAGUGAUGGAAAUGGCAACAGACGAACGUGGGCUGUAAAUCUGGAAUAGCGGUAGAUAUAGCUAUAGAAUAGCAUAGAUGCACAAAAAUCAGAUUUUACUACAAGAGGCGUUAAGAUAGCGCUGUUUCGCUAGCAAGCGUGCUUGUUGCUUUAUCGAGGGGAACCGUUCGCAGCCGCCCCAUGUUUACCCGGCACUUGAACGCCGUGGGCUCUAGCUGGUUCCCCCCAACACAGGCAUUGCUGGGCAGGUGGAGGAGUCCAUACCCGCUCCAUCCCUCAUGGUGGAGGGAGCAACCCCCGUGGCAUCUGCAGUCAUACUCCAGUAGGCACUCGCUGGCCAACCUCAAAACUGUCGCUCCGCGUAGUGGAUGGUGGCGACAGGCCAUCCCAGGGCUCACCAACGGGUAUCAGAGGGGUCUCCACCUUUCCUGCGGACUCAUGGAUAGUGCAGACAGGGAACCUCCGCACAAAAGAAGGAGAAGUCCGGGCGAGGGGAGAACCGAGCAGAAGUCUUGGCAUGCGCCCGACCGGUCGUCCUCUCGACAGACACAAAGCUCGAAAGGGAGCCCAGACAGCAGGCUUUGGAACGGUCCUCCACAUCCUGCAUCUCCAGGGAAAAUUACAAGUCCCAGGAAGACACAACGACCCACAGAAAUAAAGAGACAAUGGGAGGAUUUUUCUCAUCUAUACAAACACAGAGAUCAGCCCUUUGACUUUUCUGUGAUGUCAUACAACAUCCUGGCUCAGGAUCUCCUGCAAAACAAUGCUUACCUGUACAAACACUGCCAAUCUUCUGUGUUGGAUUGGAAUCACAGGUUCCCGAAUAUCCUCAAGGAACUGGAGCAGCAUGACGCAGAUAUAUUGUGUCUACAAGAAGUGCAAGAGGACCACUAUCAAAAACAGCUCAAACCCAGUCUAGAGUCUUUAGGGUACCACUGUGAGUACAAAAGGCGGACAGGUAGGAAACCGGAUGGCUGUGCGGUUAGCUUCAAGCGGGAUCGUUUCUCCUUGAUUACCUGUCACCCUGUGGAGUACUUCCGCCGGGGAGUUCCACUUCUGGAUCGGGACAACGUGGGCCUGGUACUCUUGCUUCGCCCUGCUGGAUCCUCUGACCCUGCACAUGGCUUGUGUGUAGCUAACACCCACCUCCUGUACAACCCCCGACGGGGGGACAUCAAGCUUACCCAGCUGGCCAUGCUGUUGGCGGAGAUCAGCCAUGUGUCUCGUCUGCAGGACGGCAGCAGCUGUCCCGUCAUCCUCUGUGGGGACUUCAACUCUGUCCCCUGGUCCCCCCUCUACAGCUUCAUCAGGGAGAACAGGCUGGAGUACGAGGGAAUGCCCAUCGGCAAGGUGUCUGGUCAAGAGGAGACCCCAAGGGGACAGCGUCUCCUGACCGUACCAAUCUGGCCGCAAAGUGUGGGUGUCAGUCAGCAGUGUCAAUAUGAGCACGUGCCAGGCAGGGCAGCGGAGGUUAAAGGGACGGCCUUGUGCCCCUCAGAGAGAAACAAUGGAGAGGAAGCCUUUGCAGCAUUCAGCAACAUGUCCAGAGCCAGCAUUGUACACAGCUUAAGGCUCACCUCAGCCUACUCCCACCGCCUGAAGGCCAAUGGGAGGCCGGAGAUCACCACAUGCCACUCCAAGACCGCCAUCACUGUAGACUACAUCUUCUACUCAGCAGCACAGGGAGAUGUAGGGCAGCCAGAAUGCAGUGCUGCUCCUGAGGCGGGGCUCCAGCUGCUGGCCAGACUAGCGCUCGUGGACGAGAGGGACAUGUGGACGGCCAACGGUCUGCCCAAUGAGCACAACUCCUCUGACCAUCUCCCCUUGUUGGUCCGCUUCCGCCUGCAGCCCUGACCUCAUCUGGACCCGCCUCCUCAAACCAGCAGAGCGUGGACUGACACCAGCACAGAUUAUAGCACGGGACUCUGAGUUCCUGUCCCCUUGUUCUGCAGCACUGCAGCCCAGUGGAGUAUGUUUACACUGUAAUAUGAGGAAGUUGCUAAACCGCUACAAAGACAGGAGAGUAAUGGAGGAAAAUGGACUUCCAUGUCAAUUAUGUUUUUAAAGUCUGUCUUCACUGGAUAGACUUGAGUGUUCUUCACAGGGUGUUUCGUCAU